AGAACCUUGAAAUUUAAAUAACUGUUCUUUAAAUCAAUAUGCACGAUUUUUUAACAGCAGUACAGUACCGGGGUAUUUAAACUGAAUUAUCUUACCUCAGUGAAUUAAAGAUAUGCACAACCUAUUCAGAGAAUCAUGAAAAGAUAUUGUUAUAACAUCGUUUUAGUUGCUUUUCUUGUAAACUUUCUGCAGGACAUAGAAAGUGUCCUAUACAGUUUACCAGACACAGCAAAAAUAGUUAAAUCAUGUCCAAAGUCAAAGACUGAUUGGAUGAAGAGGUCAGCAAUCAAAAAUUGCUCUAGUUCUACACAUUCCAAUAUUUCUUAUCACUGUGUACUUAACGAAUGGGGAAAUGCUUCUGUUGAAGUGUGUGCAGCUUCCAGAGUAAUACUUUAUGGAAAAUGUGCCGAGUAUAACUUUGGAGCCAAACGAAUCCAGAGCUCCAGCAUUCAAAGAUGCUCAUCUUCAAAUCCUCCUUGCCCCGAUGCUUAUAAUUCUAGCCAAGCCUACAUGUACCAAACAUGUUAUCAUGGUUUUGCCUCAAACAUUUCCCAUAAUGCCUCCAAAGCAGAGUCGCAUUCAUCAUCAUCGAGACUAUCUGAGACGGAUGUUGCAGUUAUAACAACAUCAAUUAUCAUUUUGGCAAUUACCAUUUCAACGACAGCGUGCAUUGUUCUGAAAAGAAAGCUCUGCAUAUCAUUCAAUCGUCAACUAGAUGAAUGCCAAACACCAUGCAUGGACAAUAACAAAGAUACUCAUAGCAACAAACAAUUGAUAAAGUAAUGACUUAGAUAGAAAGGAUUAUUCGCUAAGUGAUCUUUUAUGAAUGAUAAUAAAGUUAUAUUUCGAAUAUCUCCCAUCUGCAUUAAUAAG